AUGACUGGAAAACAACUAUCCUGGGGGUGCUGGGGCAAUCAUGACGAAACACCUAUACGUUCAAAUGCCUGCUGGUCCAGUUCAAAUACACAAGAAUCUAAUGUUACGAAAAGAUCACACAAAAGACAAGCUCUCGGUUCUCCAACUUCACCAAGUGUACCUUCCACCGCCAUGUUGGAAGAAGUACGAAACAUCGUUAAUGAAGUUUUUGAAAAAGAAAUGUCAAACUUAAUGGCUAAUAUAAACAAAACUAUAACCUUGACUGUCAGCACUUGUUUAAAAAGUAUUGAUAGCAAAAUUGAAGAGCUCCAACGUUCAGUAUCAUUUAUUAGCAGCCAAUAUGAUGAUAUAAAAAAGGAAAUUGAUAAAUACUCUGAUAUAUUUGAAAAACAAAGACUUGAAAAUGAAUCACUUCAAAGCACUGUUACAGAUCUAACGAACAAAAUUAACUUAAUGGAACAGCAAGCCCGUUCUAACAAUAUUGAAAUUCAAUGUGUUCCUGAGUCAAAAAACGAAAAUUUAAUUUCUAUCACAAAACAGCUAUCAAAGACAGUGUGA